GACAAUUCAAAGCAACAGGUGUUUCUUUUGAUCUUUAGUGAGUUGCGUGAACUUUUCUAGUUUUGAUUGAGUUACAACGUGUUUUAACAUGUAAAAACAUGAUUUCUUGAUAUUAAAUCAUCGAUUUUACGUCCAUGACGUGUCAAGAUGUUUAUAGAAGAUAUUAAAAACGAUUUUUACAACGUACUCCUUGGUAACAGGGUGUUAUUGUUAGUUCAUUACGACGUAGACGCGAUAUGCACUUGUAAAAUACUGCAGGGUUUGUUUAAAAGUGAUAAUAUUUCGUAUACACUGGUCCCUGUGGGGGGUAUUGCGGAAUUGAAGCAAGCUUACGAAGAAAACAAUGAGGAGAUAAAGUAUGUUGUAUUGGUGAACUGUGGGGGAACAAUAGACUUGGUAGAUAUCUUGCAGCCUGAAGAAGAAGUUGUAUUUUUUGUGCUAGAUGCCCAUAAACCUACGGAUGUGUGCAAUGUGUACAGUGAUGGACAGGUGAGAUUAGUCUAUAAGGACAGUGAGGAGAACAUUCCCAACUUUGAUGACAUCUUCAGAGAUGAUGAGGAGGAAGAGGAUGAAGAGACAGGCAGUGGUAGGGAGGGGCUUGAGGCCAUGGUGGAGAAAAGAAGGGAGAGGCGCGCCUGGGAGGAAAGGAGGAAUACACUCAUGUUCAACUAUACACAGUUCUCUUACUACGGGAAGCCAAGCGCAUGUGUGGCGGUGGAGCUGGCGUGGGUUGCGUCGCGCGUGUGGUGGGGCGGCGUGUGGGCGGGCGGCGUGGCGGCGGCGGCGGGCGCGGCGGCCGGCCGGGACCCCGCGCAGGCGCUGCUCGACCACCACCAUCUCCACACCAGGGCGCCGCACCAACACGACAAAUACGGUGCCCGAGUGACGCUGGAGAAGGACGUGAACCUGCCCCUGUACCGCGUGUGGUCACUAGAGGCCGCGCUGUGCCACGCCCCGGCCUUCGCCCCCGCGCUGAGACUCCACACCCUGGCUGGACACGCUCGGCUACGGCAGCUGCUCGCUGAUACGGGAAUCCCCCUGCAACAAGCUCGCCAGGCCUACCGUUCUAUGGACGUGGAGCUCCGACGCUCCCUGCUGACGUCGCUUGAGACAGCUGCACCCAAACAUAAGCUCCCCGUCCCCAGCCACACGACCUUCCUACUGCAGAGGGUACACUCGCCUACAAUAGCGGCCAUCGAUGUCGUCUACGCCAUCAUGGGACUUAUUGAACAUGAAACAAUACCAAAAGCGGAAGGCUUUCAGCUAGCCUUGGAAUGUCUAGCGACAGAGACGGGGGAGAAUGAAGGUAGGAGGCUGGGCUGGCAGGCGGCGCAGAGGGCGCUCGAGGCAGUCGCCAGGGUCGUACACUCCACGCUCAGCGGACGGAAACUACAUCUAGCUGGACCUUUUAGCUAUUUUAUUAUUCAAGAGGGUACCCCGGAGGCCCGUCUGGUGAAGGGCCCGCUGUGGCUGGGCGUGGCGGCGCGCUGGGUGUCGCUGGGCAGCGCGGGCCGCGCCGUGCUCGUCUCCGCGCCCCUCGACGCACACUCCUGCAUACUGCUCGGGGUCCCGCCGCGAUUCCAACACGAGCCCAGGAAUUUAUUCGGCGCAGCGUUCGAGCAGGCAGCGACGAAGUCCGGCGCUUCCGUGUCGUUGGACCACGUCGAUACUUCCAUCAUCACACUCCCACUCGCGCAGAGGGCGCAGUUCCUCGACGCACUCACUGCUUUACUGGCGUAACGACACCUCCGACACCUCCGACACCAUAAGUUGCCCAAGCUAUUCACCAUAGUCAAAAUAAAAGAAAAAAUAAUAUACAUACAUAUAGUUUAAUUUUGUGUCCAAGUGUAAGCAAAAUUUGCUGGUUUAAUUUUUAUUACAAAUUCUCAAUAUAUAACUUUGUGGUUCAAGUAAUUAAAUAAAAUCUGUAUGGUCCCUAAUUAUUGUGUUCAGGGCAGGCUAAAUGGGACUCAAGGCUGUUUAAAAUGUUUGAUGGAAUAUAUGCUUCUCUGCCCACCCCAUAGGAAUUAAAGAUAUGAAGUUAUCUCUAUAAAACUACUUAUGUAUAUUAUUUUUUCUUUUAUAAAAAUUCUAUAUUUUAAAAUAUAAUGAAAUUUAUUUAGUAUAGCAGGUUCUGUGCUAAAUACAUGUUCAAAAAUAAUCAAAAGUUCACAACAUAGUAAUCAAAUCACACCUAACACAAAACAAAAGACAGGCAGGUCAACCUCCACUUAUCAAAUUGUCAGACACAAUUUAAACUUUAUUGCUCUUAAAAUAAAUUCCAGAAUAAGAAAGAAUGUAACAGGUUAGUAUAGGUUCAUGCGCUGGCGUGUCUAAAUAAUUGUAAAUAUAGCAUGUUAUUAAUAUAAUAAUUA